CACGUGGGGCGGAGCCGUGGCUGGGAUGGAAGAAGCUGGAGCAGCCCGGGCCGGGCUGGGCUUCACCUUGAGUGUCCCAUUUCCAUCCCCCCUGGAGGCCCAAAUCGCUCAUGGCUCCCUGGCCCCCGACCCUGAGCCCCGCAAGGGGGGGAUCAGCAAAGAACUGACGGUGACCGAGAACUUCCUACACGUGUGCUGGAAAGCAGACGAGGCCCGGAUCCUGCGUGUUUCCAUCAGCUCCUUCCUGGACCAUCUCUCCCUGGUGAUACAGACCAUGGAGAUGUUUGGGCCACCGGUACCCCGAUAGCACCUGCCCUCUGGCACCCCUGGGGAGCCAGGGGUGGGGCAAGAGGCUGGGACGACGUCCUCUCAGCCCCCACUGCCUUGAAGAUGCUGGAGCAGUGCUGCUGGGGGUGCAGGCCAGGCGU